GGUUUGGUGUUGCAAGGUCAGGUUUUAGGAGUUAAAUCUCUUUGUGUCUAAUCUGUCUUAUUGGGGUGUUUGCUCUCCAAGACUAAAGUAACUCAUCCCUCAUUUCCUGGCCCAGCUACAGUUCAGUGCGUUGGGAUCAACGGUCAGUUUAGGUCUCCACUUAAUUGUGUGAAAAUACAAAUAGGAAACGUUAUUUUAUGGAGACUACAGUGAUGAAAAGGUGUUUGCCUCAUCAGCAUGCAUCAUGUGUGAUAGUUUUAGAAGUAUGUUGCUGCAUCAGGACCAGGGUUAGGUUGCACCAGCUGUUUGUAAGGACUAACUUUAAGAGGGCCAUAUAGUGCACAUUAGGGUUUUGUAACUUUUUCCUAAUUUGGUUGCACGACCAUAUUUAAACCCAAUGAAAAUGCUGUGGCAGGCCUGAUAAUCAUAAUACAGUUGUUUUAAACCAAGUACCAUGCUGUAGGCUAUCGUGUUUGAUGUUAGUGCAUGAGUCAUGCAAAUUAUCUAUAAAGCACCUUUUCAAGCCGUUUGUUUACCUCUUUCCCACUCUCCUGGCUUGUGAUCUCCAAUGGCCUAUUUCUGAUGCGCUCUUAGAGUCGAAUGAAUGAUUGAGGGUUUAAGGAGGUAAUCCUGCACUCUGCUGAGAUUUCUCUUAUCCGUCCAAUCCUUUCAUCUAUAUCAGUUCUGAAUACGGUCAUCAUAAUCCAGCAAUUACAUUAAUAACUCAUAAUCUGUUAUUUUGUCCUUUUUGAGGAGCACACAGAAUUAAUGUCUUCUACAUGACAGUAUUGAUUUGCAUGUUUGUGCAUGCAUGAGCGUCUGUGGUGUUGUACACUGUAAACCUCUCUGUGCUCUUAUGAAUCAUCACUGUAAUGUUUAUUUGCAUGCUGGGAAAUAUUAAAGGGACUGUAAUGCUGUCUAUUGAGAAUAAGUCUUGGAUUAGUUCAGUCUGGUUAAACUGUGGAUUGGUCUUUGAAUGCAACUUUAAACAAAAAACGUGAUGAGAAAUGUUUUUUAUUAUAGUGCUGCUUUACAGUAAAUGAUGUUUUAGAAUUUUAUUUUAACUUGCAUUGUUAUUGUGAUAAUAAUGCAAUAUAUUAUUUUGAUUAUUUUCUUCAGAUCUUCAAACAAAAAUAUAAUGUCUGUGCUAUUUACUAGAACCGGCAGCUUUAUGAACAUGGAACAUAUUUUUUUGUAUUUGUGUUGGGAAUGAUUAGUUGUCCUGGUAAAGGGCCACAUCUAUGUGUCCUACUUUAACCUGCAAUAAGUUAUCUGUGCUUAGUACAUUGUCUUCAGAGUUGCACAUAAUAGGUGCUAGAACAGAUGACAACUCUGCAGUGAUGCCAACCAUUUCUGGUUUCCCAGAAAACCGUUCAGUCAAAGGUUUGACCCCUAUUUAUACUGUUAUAGAUCUAUUGCAUUUUGAGAGGACAUGAAACAUUUGUCACGUAGAUUUGUUUUUGCUUUCAGCAUUACUGUAAAUGAAACAGUAACGUCUGGAUCACGACUCGAUGCGCAUAAAUGAAACUCAGCAUUUCCCACCCACCAGUCGAUAUAAGGAAAGACCCGCCGGAUCUCAUUGGAGGGAUAGUGACGUCAAGGAAACCCUCGCCACCGAGACAUUCUUAAUAUAACCAUGAACCUCCCGCACCGAGAGCUCAAAGCACAUUACUGCUCAAAACGUAGACGGGAUUAGCAUCGCAAAAAGCACGACCUAAUUCCAGGCUGCUAAACUGUAGACAUCUAAAAAGAAGCCAAUAACUUUAGAUCCUCAGUUCAAGGUUUUCUUAUUUCUAUUAAUGGACCACUUUUCCACAUUGAUGCGUUCUUAAAUUAGCUGAAUCGAUUUUUCAUUCUUGGAAAAGUCAAUAUCAAAGAAACCAUUUUCUGUCAGACUGAACGAGUUGUAGACAUGACUCUACUGACGAAUAUGCGGCGCCACAGUAUCCGCGUGCAGCAUCACCUGCACCGGUGGAGCAUUUGCGGGACGGAUGGAGGGCAGCUGUUGGGUGGUGGUGUGACGACCCCUGACAUCGGGUUUUCCCUUUCCAACUCGUGUUCGCGCUCCACCGAGAGCUGCACGUCAUCUUCUUCAGAUUCCAGCGAGUCUGCGGAUGCCUCCGCGAUCGGACCCUUUACAGUUGUGCUGCUCGGAGAGAACGGCGUCGGAAAGUCAGGGCUCGCGAGUAUAUUCGCCGGAGCAUCGGAUAGUAUGGGGAGCGACUGCGAAUUAUAUGGAGGUGAAGUAUUCGAACAGACAAUUAUGGUGGACGGGGAGAGAGCCACGGUUACACUGCUUGACACCUGGGAUUCACAGGAUGAGGGCAUGUGGACGCAGGAGCGGUGUCUGCAGACAGGAGACGCUUUCAUUAUUGUCUACUCUAUAACGGACCGAUCAAGUUUCCUUCGUGCCUCAGAUCUGCGAAUUCAGCUGCGGCGCGAGCGCCAGGCAGACCACACGCCCAUCAUUCUCGUCGGAAAUAAAUGUGACUUGGUCCGGUGCCGAGAAGUGUCCACUAGUGAGGGCCGUGCGUGUGCUUCAUUUUUUGAUUGCAAGUUUAUUGAGACAUCAGCAGCGAUGCAGCACAAUGUCUGGCCCUUGUUUGAUGGCAUCAUCCGUCAGCUGCGUCUGCGCAGAGACAGCGUGGAGAGCACCAGCACUUGCCAUUCUACUUAUAAGCGUCGCGAAAGUUUACCGAAAAAAGCGAAGCGUUUCAUUGACAAAAUUGUUUCUAAGAAGAACAAGCAAGCAGCCUUGAAGAUCAAGUCCAGAUCAUGCCAUGACUUAUCGGUACUUUAGUGUUGUUUUUAGGUUUUUGUAUGAAAGGAUUGUGAGAGAGUUUAAUGGAUAUUUUAAAGUAUGCUAAAUAUGAAAUCAAGUGUUUGUUUUACCCAGUUUGAGUGGCAUUGUAUGUCAUUUGUUAGAGAAGUCAUGAUGUCUAUAUUAGACUGUGCUGUUCAUAAGAGACUUCUUGUUUCCUUGGUGAAGGAUAAAACACUUAAAAGAUAAGGCCAAUUGAAUAAUGCACAGGCCUUUUUUGGAAAACCCAAAAAGUCCAAGUUGCUCUUAAUAAGAUUCUUUCAAUUUUGUAUGAUCUUUCAGAUUGUAAAAACAAAUUUCUUGUACCUUGUGUUGUGUGUAAAAAAUCCUUUUCAAUCAUUUAGU